AUGGACACCCCGUCUGGCUCCCAAUCCUCCUCCUCACUCAUCAGUCUCGCGAAAAAGCAUCUCGGCCUUACUCGCCGCGCGCCGACGGCCAAAAUCCCCCCAAGUUAUCUCGAAGAGCUCAAGAAGCUCAUUGCAUCCAACCCGCACGACACAAAUUACCGUUUGACGCUCGAACCGGGCACAGGCUUCGGAUCUAUCACUUGCUUCGAAGCUGGGUGUGGCCGUGCGGUCAUCAAGCUCAUUCGCAGCGCGAAAGCGGGGGACGGCGGCAAGAAAGAGGGGUUUGGAUCCCUGGCCGCGUACAAGUUUCAUAUCAAAAACCAGCAUGGCAAGGCGCAGCGUCCUGCGCGCGAGGAACCUCGUCUGGCGGACAGGAGAGCUGCUCUCCAGGCUGCGUCGCCCUCUCGCCACGCCCCUGUCAAAACCGAGCGCUCUGAGCUGUGUAUAAAGCCUGAGCCUGUAGAGCCAUCACUCCCCCGCACACACGCCCCCGACGCUGCUGCAGCUACAUCCGCCCCCCGUCCGCCCGCCAACGUCAAGGCAGAACCCAUCCCGUUUCAGCCGUCCAAGAAAGCGAAAGCGAAGACUGAAGUAAGCAUGGACGCUAAGCGCCCCCUCGCGACGGUCGACAGCAACAGCCUGAACGAGAUACAUAUACACGACGGUGCGCAUACGGCUGCAGCCCCGAACCCUCUGAAGCGUGCGGGGGAGAAUCUGAGCGCACCGGUGAAGCCGCGCCCGGCUCCCGGUGAUCUGCUCUCGCGCCAAUCCCGUCGUUCCGACUUCGAAGUUGGCAGCAUCAAGCACGAGCCGAAAUGGGAGGCGGUCCCGCUUCCGCCGUCGUCGUCGCCGGCGCCCUCCUCGCCUAUCGCAGGUCCGAGCUGGAGGCACGGCUCGGAGGGCAGCAAAUACCCAGCCACGGACACGGACGACGUGAUGGAUCUCGACAUCGACGGCGACAGGGACGCCGACAGCGACCAUGCGAAGAUCGUGGACGCCGUGGUGCAGAGAUACGCGGAUGCGAUGCCGCAGCUCCCGCCGAUGCGCGACGCCCGCGACGAGAACGGGGACUUCCACGGACGGGGGCGGGAUACGUUCCGGGGGCCACAGGCGGCCGCCACUGACAUCGAUAAAUUUCUGCUGGCGGCCGGUAACUCCGAGCAAUUCGACGGCAAUGCGCGGGUCGACACGGCGCUCGAGACGCUGGGGCUUACGGGGCAGUACCAGCUGAUCCCUGGCAUGCAGAUCGCGCUCAUGCCGCAUCAGAUCAUCGGUGUUGCUUGGAUGAUCAAUAAAGAGAAUAGUUACUUCAAGGGCGGGAUCUUAGGAGACGAAAUGGGUCUUGGGAAGACCGUGCAAAUGAUCGCCACUAUGGUUAAGAACGUCUCGACCAACCCUGCUUGCCGGGCGAACCUCGUCAUCGCUCCGACCGCUCUGCUUGAGCAGUGGAAAAACGAAAUCGAGGAGAAGACAAAUACUGGGUUCAAGGUCCUGAUUUAUCACGGAAACAACAAACCUCGUCGUAAGAAGGAGCUGUUGGAUUAUGAUGUAGUGUUAACUACGUUCGCUACGAUGGCCUACGAAUGGCCCGAUGCCGAGGCGGAGCAGAAGCGCAAGAAGGCGAAAGCAAAGCGUCGGAAAUCUGAGGGCUUCAUUGUCGAGGACUCCGACGAAGACGAGUCUGAUCGCCCCACGCGCCGCCGAGGUGCCCGCCGCGAGUCUGGCAUUCUAUUUCAGAUGGACUGGUACCGUGUCAUCCUUGAUGAAGCCCAAUUUGUUCGAAACAAGACAACCCGCGCUUCGCGGGCUGUGAGCGAGCUGCAGGCGACGUAUCGGUGGUGUCUGACCGGCACGCCCAUCGUAAACGGGCUGGCGGACGCGUAUGCGUAUCUGCGAUUCAUCAAGCUGCGACCGUGGUAUGACUGGUCGGAAUUCCACGCUCAUAUUUCGCGGCUGGAGAAGAAGAACCCCGCCACUGCCGUCGUGCGCCUCCAGGCCAUAUUGGCUAGCUGCAUGAUUCGACGCACGAAGUCGUCGGAGCUGGAUGGCAAACGCUUGAUCGAGUUGCCUCCCAAGGAGGUCGAGCUCAUCAAGCUCGAGUUUACUGCAGAAGAACGGGAGAUCUACAAGAUGGUGGAAGCUAAGACCCAGGCGACUUUCAACCGCUACUUACGAGCGGGCACAGUCCUCAAGAAUUACUCCCAAGUGCUCGUGUUGCUCCUACGUCUGCGACAAAUCUGCUCGCAUCCGAAUCUCAUCCAGGAGGACGGUGACGGCUUUGUGCAUCCCGACGAAGUCGACGAUGACAAGCCCGAAGUCCGCACGGAGUUGACGCGUGCUAGGUACCUUGUUUCGAUGGAAUUCGUCGAUGGGCUGAAGGCAAAGUUCAAGGAGGCGGCCCUCAAGCGAAUCGCUGCGGAGAAGGAGUCCGUGGAUGCUAUAUUCGAAGACGAAGAGUGCCCGAUCUGCUUUGAUCACUACACGAACGCGGUUAUCACUCCUUGCUCUCACACAUUCUGCAAGGAAUGCAUAACCGAUGUCAUCAAUGGACCUCUGGCUGAUGGAGAUGAAGCCCAUUUCAAUCAAGAUCGUCCCUGCCCUGUGUGUCGCAGCUCCAUUACCGAGGAGAAGCUCUUCUCUCGCUCUGCUUUCGAGCCGUCCGAAGAGGAUUUGGAUCCCUCCUUGGCCAAGCCCAAGCCCAAGGCGGACACAAACGAGGACCCGAACUCUGUCUUCUGGCGUACCAACAAGGGAAAGGGAAAGGCAAAAGCAAAAGCAAGGGGUAAGCCCAAGCCCAAAUCAAAGCGCGUCACCGUCAUCGACAGCGGGGACGAAUGCUAUUCCGAAGAGGAAGAGGUCUCCGACGACGACGACGACAAUAUGAGUGACUUCAUCGUCGAUUCCGAUGAAGACGAGGACUACGAAGAGAAGAGUGCGAGUCGGGCUAUCAAGAAACGUCUAGCGAAGCGCACGAUCGUUCUUGAUUCGGACGACGAGAUCCCGGAUGACCAGGUUAUCUUCGGCUUGAAGCCGGCCACGACGCCCACUCCAGCGGCGCACGACGGUCCGGUGGUGAUGAUGCCCAAGUUCUUGCCCUCGACGAAGAUGAAGUACAUGAUGGAAAUACUUCGCAAGCUGGCUCAGGACCAUCCGGACGAAAAGACCAUCAUCGUCUCCCAAUGGACGUCCUGUCUUAGUCUUGUCUCGAACUACCUAGGGGAAGCCGGGGUCGCACAUGUAAAAUAUCAAGGCGACAUGGAUCGCAACAGUCGGGACACGGCCGUGCGGGUGUUCAUGACCAAGGACACCGCUCGGGUCAUGUUAAUGUCCUUGAAGUGCGGAGGUGUUGGCCUGAACCUCACGCGGGCGAAUAACGUCAUUUCGUUGGAUCUGGGAUGGUCGCAGGCCGUAGAAUCCCAGGCCUUCGAUCGAUGCCACAGGCUCGGCCAGAUGAGAACCGUCAGUAUCCAGCGCCUGGUCAUCGCCGACACCGUCGAAGACAGGGUCCUGACGAUGCAGGAACGGAAGCAAACCCUGGCUGAUGGAAGUCUUGGAGAGGGCAGCGGCAAGAAGAUUGGCAAGCUUACUGUCCGUGAACUGGCGAACCUCUUCGGGCUCGAUGAUCGCGGCCGACGCCUACAAGAAGACUAG